UGGCGAUCUCUGAUUGGAUGAUCACGUUAAACAGGAAGAGCUUUUCAAGGUUGAAUGCAAGACACACGAAGACAAUGGCACCGACUUGUUAGCGGAGUGGUGGAACAAAAUCUUGACACUUGAGAUAAGUAAGGAUUUAAUGAUUUAACAACAACAAAAUGGAGUUAGAGUUAUCAAUAUUAAUAAUAUACGAUAGAUUUUAAUAAGGGGACCGUGUGAUUUUGAAACAUUUGUAGUGUUACAGAAAUUGUCUACAUUUCUAAUAGUAACCAUGGGUAGGCAUUUUUAUGACGUCAUAAUCCUACAAGUUAAUGGGAAGCAAAAAGUAUUCAGCCAUUGAGAGCAAAUCCUUUUCAAAGGCUUACUAGAACAGUUAUCGACUAUUCUUGAAUAUUCGGAUAUCCUCAGCCAUAAUUACCCUUUGACACUUGAAGCGAAAUGGCUUUUAAGACUUAAACUUAUUUAGAAUGGUUAGAAUUGCAUUGUGGUACGAUGAAUUAUGGUUAUCUUGCAAUUUCCAAUCACGAUUUGAAAAAAUUAUAUUUUUAAAACUGCCAUACUCCUUACCAAUAAACUAUAUUGGUGUUCCUGCAUUGUCAGUAUGGGGCUCUCAGUUGAAUCACUUCCAUAAACUUAUUGAAAAACUGUUUUUAUUUACUAGGGUACUCCAAUAUAUCAUAAUAUAUGAUUACAACAAAAACAUUAGUAUGUAAGUAUCUACGUUUAACCUUAAGCCUUCUCCUAAAAUUAAUUGUCGAUCCGUCUUAACAGAACUUAAUUUGACAACAAUUUAAAAAAUCCCAUGUAAAGUUAUAAUCCAAACUGAACUAAAACAAUUUUUAACUGCUAGGACUGCCGCUUAGUUCAAUCUUUUAAUUUUAACAAAAUAGCUGCUUAAUAUCUGAACAUGCAUUUUUAUAUGCCAACAAUAAUCAACUUCUCAAUAAAGCACACAAAAGUAGAUUUCAGUGGAAGAAUACUUAAUUUUUUAGAAUAUGCAUGACAUUAUUUAGAACAACCAUUAAUAUAGAGUAAUGAAUAUGCAAGGAUGAAUAUACAACAGUCAAUAUACAAAAAUGAAUAUACAACAAUGAAUAUGCCACCAUGAAUGAGAAAUGGUUGCAGUAUCACGUGUUAGCCCUUUGAAGCUACAUCAAGAUACAUGUUUGAUUAUUAAUUGUUUUCCACAGGAGGUCCCUUGCACCCUGCGUAACUCAUUUCAGACAGCCCAUUUUCUUGAUUAUCCUUGUACUUGCAAGCACCGAGCGCCAACAAUGUACGACUGUGCUGUCGGAGACACCAUCUACACGGUACAGAGCCCUUGCGGCAACAGCCACUCUGACUUUGAGUGUCAGGUCGGGAACACGAGUGUCGCCCACAACAAAGGACCCUCUGAGGUACCCUUGGAGCUUCAGACACCAUUGAGUGAGCUCUCGUGCUCCAGCGACUUUGAGUGUCAGGUCAAGGCCGUUACUUCGGACUUCCAAUGCCAGGUCAGUGAUGCAAUUUUCCCAUAAUAUAAUGGGGCCCCCCCCCCCCCCCCCCCAAAAAAAAAAAAAUCACCUUCUCACUUUUUUUUUAGAUGGGUGUUUCGAUUUAACUUUCUUGGACGGGGCCAUGUUUUCUGUCUGCUUUCUAAGAUUGGCUCUGUAAUGGAAUUGAGAGCUCUGUAAUGUUAUUGUGCAUUCUGAGACAAGCCUCGCGAUUGUGUCCCCCCGCUUAAAUUUCACGUCGGCUGACUCUUCUUAUGCUUUUCAUUACUACGUCCAGUAAUUAGGCUUUGGUCGCACAGAGGCUUUCCACGUCACAGAGCAGGUUGAUGAAGCAUUUCUGAUGGAGCCAAUUUUAUUUCAGCCCCCUAUGUCCUAUGUGUUUUUGCAGACGUUUCAGAUCUGUCACUAUAAACUUCAGCUGUGUACUGUCUGAUGACUGUAACAUUAUAUGUUUCAAUCACUUGCACAAUAAAACAGGAAGAGCCGUAAUAAAGUGAGAGCAAUGUUGUGUUCUAUUUUAUAACAAACAUUUUAAAAUCAAAAUAUCUUUCUUUUUUUUUUUUUAAAUAACACGACUCCAUCAUUAAAAAUAAUAAUUUGUAAACACUGAUGACGUCAAAGAAAGAGCAACGUGGGUGAUGAAUGAAGAGUGAAUAUUAUGGAAGAAAUCUUAGACUCUCGGACAUUCACACUCUAGUAAAAUUGAAUAAAUUCACAUAAAAUAGGCGUUUGGGGGAAUAGUAAAGAUGAUGUCAUCAAGCUUAGACACUUAGACAUUCAUAAUUUAGUUAAAUCAAUUGACAUAAAAUCUUAUUUAUUUUCUUGAACUAAAUUUUCUAGGCUUAAAUUGAUUUUUUUUACCAAGCUGAUUAUUUGUUAUUUUUUUUUUCGGUAAGAAAAUAACGAUUGCCGAAUAAUCAGCUAGGUGGCCGACGGGUGUAGUCCGAUUACGAUUAUCUGAUGACGAAUCGGUUCGACCCUACUUUUUAGCCAAUAUACAGAUAAAACAAGACCACUUAAAAAGAGGUCAUAUUUUUCCCAUUAGUAUUCCAUAUGAAUACUGAAAGAGGAGAUGAAAUGAUUGAUGAAAUCUGCCAAUAUUCACUCUACUCUGACAUUCUCAUUUUGGUUCUUUAUACCCCAAAAGACGUAUGGGAUUUUGAAUCUACACAAAUCUGCAAUGCAACCCUUUGCGUCUUUCAAUCCCAUUAAAAACGGGACAUAACCCCCAUUUUGCCUUGACCUUUUUGUUCCCCUUGCCGUUUCCCCCCCCCCCCCCUAGGCCAAAGCUGGGUGUUUGGAUCCCACGAGACCUGCCAACAAAUGCCGCACCCAGACGAAAUCUACCGAGACCAGAUGCCAGACGAAGACCUCCAGCUCUGCCUCGCAGUGCAACAUCCUGUCCAGCGGCUCGUCGGCUGACUUCCAGUGCCAAGCGGGGAGGCCAGACGGUCAGUCGGUGAGCCAGCACAGGCCGAAGAUGUCGGUGUCGGCGGACUUCCAGUGCCAGGUCGGUGCCUCGCAGUCGGACUUUCAGUGUCAGUUCAACGACAACGUCCACGCCUGAUGUGACGUCACCUGCCUGACGUCGACAGAAGACCGCAGCCCAGGUGUAAAGUGGUCAGCUGCAAGAUAAGCCGCCAAAAUAUUUCGAAUCUACUUGAAGUUUAAUAGUUCUGUGAUUAAUUCAGCGAAGUGAAUUUUAAUAUUUUAUUACAUAUUUAAAUAGCUUCUGUUUCAAUAUUUGAAAGAAAAAAAAUAUUAUUUAGAUUUGACAUUUCUUUAUUGCACAUUCCAGCUUUCGGGAAUCUCUAAAAAUGCAUUCAAUAAAACAGUUAUUUGUUCCACGAACUGACUUCCUGGUAAAGGUUUUUAAUGAUCGUAUUUUACAUGUUAUGCGUUGCUUUAUCCGUUUAAUAUGUUUUAAAUCAAUAGUUAUUGAUCCGAACUUUUUUAUUAAGGUAAAAAAAAAAAAACAACAACAACAAAAUUUAAUAGCAUUAAAAUUAAAAAUGUUCUUUGUUAUUUACGAAAAAUAAUUUUAUUUAAAAAAAAAACAUUUACUGUGUCCAUGCUUUUCAUUUGUUUUGUUUUAAACGGGUAGGACAGUCUGUCAGUCUGACAAUCAGACAGUGGGACAGACAGUCAGUAGGAUAUUCUGAAGACAAUGACAUGUAAGGUAAUGAACGAAUUUAGGAGGGUUACACACACCUUGGAGUUCGAGGCUUAUUUCCCUUGAUUUACUAUAUUUCCUUUGAUUUAUUA